AUGUGCACUCUAGAAAAGCGCGGCAACAUCUUCUUCCUCACUUUAACCGGCGACGGAAGCGAUGAGCAUCGUCUGAAUCCUACUCUCAUUUCCUCCAUCCGAUCCGCUCUUUCCGAUGCCAAGUCUCAAUCCACUCAUGGCACCGCCCUUAUCACCGUCGCCGAAGGUAAAUUCUUCUCCAACGGUUUCGAUCUCGGCUGGGCCAAAUCCGCCUCAGGAGGAUCUCCUUCGGAAGCAGUUAAUCUCCUCCGUCACAUGGUGGAACUCUUCAAGGAUGUAGUCGCCGACUUCAUCUCCCUCCCUAUGCCAACAAUCGCCGCCGUCACUGGCCACGCCGCCGCCGCAGGACUGAUGCUCGCUAUGAGCCACGACUACGUCUUGAUGAGUCGCCAUCGGGGGAUUUUGUACAUGAGUGAGGUCGAUAUUGGGAUGACAUUACCUGAGUAUGUCACGGUGUUGAUGAGAUCGAAGGUUGCGAAGCCGGAUGUCCGGCGGGAUGUGUUGUUGCGUGGGGUGAGGGUCAAGGCGGAGGAAGCGGUGGCGAAGGGUUUAAUUGAUGCGGCGUAUGAUAACAGGGAGAAGACGGUUGAAGGUGGUGUGCGUCUGGCGGAGGAGUUGACCAAGAAGAAGUGGGACGGCGAGGUGUACGCGGAGAUAAGAAAGUCGUUGUAUCCGGAGCUGUGUGGCGUGCUCGGCUUGAAUAGCCGGGAACUUGUAAAAGCUCGGCUCUAA